UAUUUUUUUUUUGUUUUUUUUUAUCCUAGUAUUUCACUAGUGAAAUAAAAAAAAAAAAUAAUCAAACUUUUCACAUUCAUUCUCACCCUCUUCCUUUGUAUAAUAAUCCCAAUAAUCCCCUAUCGGAAAAGUAAGAAAAAAAAAAAAAAAAAUUUUUUUGAGCGUUAAAACGAAUGGAUUUGAGUUGAUCUCAUAUAUUUAAUCAUAUCUAUCGUUUUAAAUAUUUUUUUUUUAAAAAAAAAAAAAAAUCUUUCCUUCGUUUCAAAGUCAAAACUUGUUUUUCGUUAAAAUAAAUGGAAAAUAAUAAUAAGGGAAGAAAUUACAGACGUUCAAAUAACUGGAGCUCGCAGGACGGGAUAGACCAGAAUUAUUCCGGAAGAAUCAGAUCACGUGCAAGAUCAAAUCAUUCGAAAAGAAUCUUUACUUCUCCAAAAAUCUUCAAACCUACUCAAUAUCCUUCUCCACCUCUUUCAAAUAUUGUCGCUUCAAAUGCUCCAAAUGAUAAAAGUAUAAAUAAUGUGUCAAGUGGAUUCAUUAUUACUGGAAUAACAAUAGGAUCUUUAAUAUUCUUAACAAUAAUAGUUUAUUUGUUAAUUCGAUUUAUAAGAAAAAGAAGAGAAUCUUCAAAGUCACGAGAAGUUCAGGAAGACGAAGAAUUACCGCAUCCACGAUUAACCUUAAAUUUUGUUAAGCAUAAUCAUGCUAUACCAGAAUUAUGUACUACACCAGAUACUCAACCGAUAUUAGAUUAUUACUCUUCAAAAGCUGGUUUGACUGACAAUUCAUCGCCUCCUAUUAUUAAUUCAAAUAAAGUAAAUAAAUUAAGUCACUUUAUUAAAGAAGAUAAUAACGAUCAUAAAUCUACACCAGUUGAACUUACCGAAAAUAUUAGAAAAUCUUCUGAAGAGAAUGUUAAUACUGAUUACGUACCACAGUAUUACAAUGGUAUGGAAAUACCUCCUUUAGGUGCCAGAAUUAUUCCAUUGGAACGUCAAGUACAAAUCGCAAAGGAAUUGACUUCUGUUAAUAAUAAUAAUAAUAAUAAACGAAAGAGCAAUAGGAGUAUCAGCAGUCUACUUAGCAUUAAUAGUAGAAGAAAAAGUAGUACGAGUAAUUAUCAUUAUAAUUAUAAUAAUUCUAGUACCCCUAAUUCGCUUUCUCAAAUAAGUGAAACUCCUCAGAAUGAAGGUGCUGCGAAAAUAGUUUCUUAACAUACUUAAUAUCAUAUAAUUACAUAUUUGAAUUAAUAUUAUCCAUUUAUCAAUUAAUAUUUAAUACUUUUUAAAUGUACAGCAAAAAAAAAAAAAUUUUAGAAUAGAAUUUUGUAUUACUAAUGUAAAAGUAUGGGCAUAUAUAUUAUAGUAAUAAUUUAAUAAUUUAAUAUUUAAUAUUUUUAAUGUAUUUUAAAUAUGGGUUGGAAUAUUUGGUGUGGGACAGUGUGGGUAUAAUUUUUGGUUAUAAAAAAAUAUUUGUACAGUUAAGUAGUUUUCGAAAUAAUUGGUUAUAAAUUUUAUAUUGAUUUAUUGAACAUAAUAGGAAAUUAAUCACUUUUACAAAGAAAGUAAUUUUAUCACAUAUUUUUCUAUUUUUAUUACAUGUGAAAAAACCGUGGUUAAAAGUAUACGUGCACUACAAACGUAUCUUUUAAUUCAAUAAAAUUUGUUUCCAAUUUUUCGACAUGC